AUGGACGAGUCGUCGCUGCUGGAUCUUCUGGAGUGCUCCGUGUGCCUGGAGCGUCUGGACACCACGGCCAAGGUGCUGCCGUGCCAGCACACCUUCUGCCGCCGUUGUCUGGAGAGCAUCGUUAGCUCCCGCCACGAGCUGCGCUGCCCCGAGUGCCGCAUCCUGGUGGGCUGCGGCGUGGACGAGCUGCCCGCCAACAUCCUCCUCGUCCGCCUCCUGGACGGCAUCCGGCAGCGGCCCCGCGCCGCCGGGGGCGCCAGCGGCAGCCCCAGCUCCGCGGCCCCCACGUACCCCCAGCCCGCCGCCGCCCCCAGCGCCGUCGCCGCCGCCGCCGCCUCGGCCGCCGCCAGCCUGCGGGAACUGGCGGCCGCCAGCCGCAGCGCCCUGCUGGGAAAGAGUGUUUCUCAGCUUCCCUAUGGCAAAGCCCUGUACACAUAUGAGGGAAAGGAGCCUGGUGACCUCAAGUUUAACAAGGGGGACAUCAUCAUCCUGCGGCGCAAGGUGGACGAGAACUGGUACCACGGGGAGCUCAAUGGCAACCAUGGCUUCUUCCCCGCCAGCUACAUCCAGUGCAUCAAGCCCCUCCCACAAGCUCCACCGCAGGGCAAAGCACUUUAUGACUUUGAAAUAAAGGAUAAAGAUCAAGACAAGGAUUGCCUGACCUUCACCAAGGAUGAAAUUUUGACAGUCAUCAGGAGGGUGGAUGACAACUGGGCAGAAGGAAUGUUGGGUGACAAGAUUGGCAUUUUCCCUAUCCUCUAUGUUGAGCUGAAUGAAUCUGCCAAGCAGCUCAUGGAGAUGGACAAGACGUGCUCGGCUGCGGCCUCUGGCUGUGACCUGCCGCUGGCCACGGAGACGGUGGCGGUGGCAGCGGCGGCGGCGGUGGGUCUGGCUCCGUGCUCCACGUUGGCCGCCGCGGGGGCGGCCGGCGCGGCCCAGAGGCAGGUGGAAGGCAAGAAGAACGCCAAGAAGCGCCACUCCUUCACCGCCCUCAGCAUGACUCACAAGUCCUCCCAGGCCGCCAGCAACCGGCACUCCAUGGAGAUCAGUGCCCCUGUCCUCAUCAGCUCCAGUGACCCACGGGCAGCUGCCAGGAUUGGGGACCUCACCCACCUCUCCUCCAGUGCCCCAGCCCAGGAUUCCUCUUUGAUUGGAACAGCCACAGUGGCUGGUCCCAGGACAAGUGCAAUAAUUGGAGAUCAGGGAACACCACCGAAGGUCCAGCUCCCCCUCAAUAUCUACCUAGCCCUGUAUGCCUACAAGCCUCAGAAGAACGACGAGCUGGAGCUGCGCAAAGGGGAGAUGUACCGCGUCAUUGAGAAGUGCCAGGACGGCUGGUUCAAGGGCACGUCUCUGAGGAGCGGCAUGUCCGGUGUCUUCCCAGGCAACUACGUGACACCCGUUUCAAGGGUGCCAGUGGGAGCUGGGCAGCCCAGGAACAGCGGAGCUGUAGGAGCUCCAACCACAAAAGUAGCCCCAGGAGCCAUCCACCCCAUUGUGGCUGGUCACAGCAACACCACCUCGGCUGCCAGGCCGGUUGUUCCCAUCACCGCUCCCCCGACGCACGGGCAGCUGCAGGCGGCCUCCCCGCAGCUCAGCACCUGCCUGCGGUACUCGGCCCAGCCGGCGGGCAGCCAGCCCCGCAGCGCCAUGCAGAUGGCGCACCCGGCAGUGCCGGCCCCGGAGCGACCCACGGCCACGGUCUCGCCUCUGCGGACGCCCAGCUCUCCCUCCCGCCUGCCCGCCGCGGCCAUUCGGCCUCACCCCGCCGUGUCCCCGCAGCACGGCCACCAGCCGCCCGCGCCGGGAGCCCGGCCCCUCAUCCCGCUCACCUCCGCCGCCGCCGCCAUCACCCCGCCCAACGUCAGCGCCGCGCACCUCAACGGGGACGUGGGCAGCGGAACCCUGGGCGGCCCCGCCGCGCCCGGGCCUGCCGGCAAAGCCGAGGAGAGGAAGAACGAGAAGAAGGAGAAGAAGAGCGGGCUGUUGAAACUUCUAGCAGGAGCAUCAACAAAAAAGAAGUCACGCUCCCCACCAUCUGUGUCGCCCACCCACGACCCCCAGACAGCCAUUGAAGGAGUCCUGCAAGGGGCAGUGGGGCCUGAGCUGUCCUCCCUCUCCAGUCACGGCAGAGCUGGCUCAUGCCCCAUCGAGAGUGAGAUGCAAGGAGCCAUGGGGCUGGAGCCUCUGCACAGGAAAACUGGCUCCUUGGAUUUGAAUUUUUCCAUCCCUUCACCUGCCAGGCCUCCCCUCUCUUCCAUGGCAGCUAUUCGGCCAGAGCCCAAGCCUUUGCCCCGGGAAAGGUACCGCGUUGUGGUCCCCUACCCGCCGCAGAGCGAGGCGGAGAUCGAACUGAAGGAAGGUGACAUUGUGUUUGUGCACAAGAAGCGGGAGGACGGCUGGUACAAGGGGACCUUGCAGAGGAACGGCAGGACGGGCCUCUUCCCCGGGAGCUUUGUCGAGAGCUUCUGAGGACAAACCACCGCUCUCUCAACUGAGGAGCUUUCAGGGGAAACUGCAUAGCACAAGAAGAGACAGCAAAGAGAAACUGGACUGAUAACCACUGCCAUUUUUAUUUCCAAAGACUUCCCCCAGGCCCUUCAGUCUGCAGCUCUGGAGACACAGUGUCCCGCUGUGCUCCCGAGACCGUGUGCGGUGCAUACAGUGGUAUGUUGAAGUAGUGCCUUCCACCUGGAAUCACAGACUGAAAGGACGCCCAUCUGGACUGUAGUAACCUAAACUCUGGCUGUUAACCUUUUGUGUAAAUUAUAGAGAAGAUAUCUUUAAAAAAAAUUAAGAGGAAAGCUGUUAUAUUGCUGUAACUUAUUUGUCAGAGCUGCAGUGUUCUUAUUACUGGCCUAUGCAAGAUGGAUUUGAGAGUUCAAGGAGGUGUGCUAGGAAGCUCUUAAACUGGGAUUUUGUUUUUACCAAGGGAAGAAGAGGGGAGGGUGGAGAAAACCCCAGCUAAAGAUCAGUGCAUCAUUGUGCAAGUAAGAAUGAGGAGUCAAAAACGUUAAUGUCAUGCUUUCUAUAUACCUCAAAGAUAUGCUGCGCAGGUUUGUUGGUGCGUGUCGGCGUUCAGAGUGCCACACCACCCUGUGUCCUGGCACUGCUGCCAGGGAGGUCCUGGAGGAAGCACGGCUCCACCAUUAAACUGUGGUUAUUUGAGCAGAAUCCCUUUUGCCUGUCUUCUGCCCGUAUUAU